AUGGGAGAUAUGGUAAGCGAUAAGACCAGCCGCGAGAAAAGAAGUGGUGAAGAGAGAGUGAAAGAAAAGGAAAAAGAGAAAGAUAGUAGUCAAAACGGUAAUCAGAACGGUGGCUCCGGAGUUCAGAUGAGCGUAGGAGACGAGCUAGAAGAAGAAGAUGGUAUUAGGUAUGGUGACUUACCAGCUGAAUACCGGUUGGUGCAUAAGCUAGGAGAAGGAGCGUUUUCGGCUGUAUACAAAGCCGUGUAUGAGCCGACGGGACGUCUGGUAGCCAUCAAGAUCAUCAAUAAGGCUAACUUAUCGGGUAAACAGAUCGCCAACAUCCACAACGAAAUAAGUAUCAUGAAGCGGUUGAGCCACCCCAAUGUGCUCCGGUUGGUGGACCUGUUCAACAACGACAAACAUUGUUACAUUGUAUUGGAGUACUGCGACGGCGGUGAGAUCUUCAAUAAGAUCAUCGAAUAUACAUAUUUCAGUGAGGACUUAUCCCGGUUUAUAUUCUCACAGCUUUUGUCGGCAGUGGACUAUUUGCAUUCCAUUAAUAUUGCGCAUCGGGACAUCAAGCCAGAGAACUUACUUUUCAACACCAUUCCAUUCCACGAAAGGCCCACCGAAGAGUUUGAAAAGCACAAACGGACUUCUGACGACAAUACCAAAGUUGACGAGGGUGAGUUUGUUGGUGGAGUUGGUGGUGGUGGCAUAGGCAUAAUCAAGUUGGCCGAUUUUGGAUUGGCAAAGCAACUCAGACCAUCCAACACCAUGGGAUCCAAUUUGAAAACCCCUUGUGGUACAGCUGGCUAUACUGCACCGGAGGUUAUCACCUGCAAUGGUACUAAAAUGAAAAGGUUUCCCAACAAGCAGUCGCAGAAGCACUUUUAUUCUAAAGCGGUUGACAUUUGGUCAUUAGGUUGUUUUCUUUACACCAUACUAUGUGGCUUCCCUCCCUUUUAUGAUGACGAUCAUCAUCAGCUAACUUUGAAGAUUUUGAACGGUGAUUACGUUUUUUUGAAGCCUUGGUGGGAUGAGGUCAGCUUGGAUGCUAAAGAUUUAAUUUGUAAGAUGUUGACCAUCAAUCCUGAUGAUAGGAUUACCAUCAAAGAAAUAUGGAAUCAUCCAUGGAUCAAGGAUCACUACGGCCCUCAAUCGCCUAGUUAUUUCGACUCAUGUGAUGCUGAACAUGUAGAAUAUUCAGGCGAGGUGGAUCAUCUUAAUCCAAUGGAUAUCUCUAAGAAUGGGUCAAAUAGUCAUUUCAACGCCGAUUUGAUGUCGCCUAGAGCGGAAGCUAUCAAGAAGGUAUUUAACAACCCCGCGAUGUCAAAUUCAAGAACAACUAAAUUCAAACUGUCUGCUUCAUCGGUGCAGUUUACUCUUGACAACUUGCAAGACUUGCUGAUUCAUGGUAAGAAAACAUUACCGAAAAGCCCUCUUCCUUCCAAAAAAGACUUCAAUAAGCUUACAUUCAAAGAUGUAUUUGACGGCAACAAGACCGUGAUCGCAGAGAAUAAAGCAUAUGAAGAAGAUUCAGAAGAGGAAGAAGACUCGAUUGAUGAUCUCGAUGAAAGCAGUGAUGAAUUAAAUGACGAGUUGACAAGCCUUGACAAAUUCUCUGUUAAGCAGCUUGAAAGUCAAAGAUCAUCACUAAAAUCAAAUUCAUCUGAUGAUGAAAAUUCUCUUCAUGAUGAUUACAAUGAAGAUUAUCAAACAAGGUCGAGCUCGAUUAUUAGUGGCAUCAAUGGGGACUACAAGUUCACGUUGAAUUUAAAUGAUUCAAAUUUAUUGAGAAGAAGAUCGUCAACUGUGAAAUCGAAUAAGUCCUUGCCAGCUGAGUGA